AUGGCUUCGCUGCUGGACAUCGGGCUGGACGACUUUGGUCGGAUGUCAGACAUCGAUGCGACCGGUUUGUUUGGGGCGGCUUUUCCAUCAGAGCUGUCACACCUGAAGAAUGCAAGUCCUACUGUGGAGACUACCACAGAGACUCCGAAGGGUCGUUUGGGGGAGGGUGAAAAUGAAACACCCUCGACGGUCCUCUAUGGAGAGAACUUUGCGGAAGUUAACCGUACACUUGUCAGUAUGCUAGCGGUCAAAUGGCUCCUCUCAGACGACUAUUUGACCUUCACCGCUGGCCAAAAAGACGACUUCAAACUCACACAGAGCUCGUUUUGUCAGCUGCGAGACUUCUAUAUCCAUCGCCUGCCCACGGCGGACGACCUCCAUACGCUGUUGAUUGCUAUGGUGGUUGAUGACAUAGGGAAGGAUGCCCAUCUCGCUGAGGAAAUGAAACAACAAACCGGUGACUCAGCCGGUGCAGACCACUCACAACUGGUGUUCGAGGCAGCCCAAAUGAGCCUUGUUCCUGCGCUCAAGAUGGUCCCAACCAGUCUACAGAAUGAUAUUCUCUGCUGCCUUCAGAUUGGAUCAACGCUGAAUAUCUCUCAGGUUGUACAGGGCGAGUGUCCUCCUGCCAGCCUAAGUAUCCUACAGCACCUCGGUCAAGGACGAGGAUUUAGUCUGCGAGCCAUGGUGACCUUCCUUGAUGUUGCUGGCGCAGGAGGUCACGCAGAUACUCGCGGUUGCAUUGUGAUGACCGAACCGGUGUUUCAAGGGUAUAUCGUGGCAAUGGAAGCUUUAGAUGAUUUUGCCAAUGGCCGGAUACUCUCUCCGCGCGCAUGCUACGAUCGCAUCCUUGAAACGAGAGCGAAAGACCUUAAUCGGCAAGGCUUUAGUCUCCCAUCACUAGCGGAUGAGGUGCGAGCGCUCCUUCGGCUGCUUUGCAUGGGGCGUGUUACCACCAAAGAACAGGCCGAACAAUUCAAGCGGGCGUUCAGCCAGCUGUCACCAUCAAUCAAGCAGGAUUUAGUGAGCGGACUCAAUGUGGAUGGCACAGACGAUGGAGUUGCGAUCAUUCCGUACUACGCCCCAGGACUCCUGAUCAGUGCACUCAAAAACACCGCGGAUAAGACUGAUCACGCCAUGAUUCCAGUGCUAUCUGCAUUCAUGCGAUUUCUAGCAAGGGUUUUUGACGGGUCUAAGCCGCAGCCAGGAACCCCUGGUACUGUUGUCGAGCAUGAUUUGUCAUUCGUGCAGGAGACAAUCAAGAGUAGUGGUUUUCAGAAUAAUCCUGAGAUCUUGGAUGAGGUUGUUCUCCCGUGGAAAGACCCAGAGCAACACAAAGGAUCUAACUAG